AUGAAAUAAAUAAAACACUUUAUUUAUAAUGAAAAUGACAUAAUAGGCACAGGCUCAUACAGUAAAGUAUAUAAAGGCAAAAAUCUCUAAACAUCCUAAUAAGUAGCGAUAAAAUCUAUCCGAAAAAACCAAAUUUUAAACGAUAUAUAAUCUUCUAAAAACCUAAUACGUGAAAUAUAAAUCUAGAAGGAACUAAAAAGUGAAAAUAUUGUCAAUUUAAUAGACUUCGCAAUCACUAAAAAUAAUUAUUAUAUAAUAUUAGAAUAUUGUAAUAAAGGAAACCUAUAAGAUUUUAUCAAACAAAGUCAAAAAAUACCAGAAAAUCAGGCUAAAAAAAUACUUUUGUAGAUUAUUAAAGGGUUAAAGGAAUUAAAUAGUAAAAAAAUAGCACAUAGAGAUAUAAAACCUUCUAAUAUACUUAUAAAUAAGAAAAAAGAGAAAGUUUUUUAAGUUAAAAUUGCAGAUUUUGGCUUUUCGUGUUUCUUUAAAGACUCUAUAAUGACUUCGAGAAUAGGGACAGGGUUAUAUAUGGAUCCAUCUAUUAUUUUAAAUGAUGAAUAUAAUGAAAAAUGUGAUAUUUGGUCAUUAGGUGUACUUUAUUAUGAACUUUUGUAUGGUAAAAUGCCUUGGAAUGGUCAAAACUAAGAUGUUUUAUUAAAUAAUAUUCAAAAUAUGAAUCUUAUAUAUGAUAAAUAGGUUAAAGUAUCUGAAAUUUCUAAAGAUUUAUUAAGAAAAAUGCUUGAAAAAAACUCUAAGAACCGUAUUAGUUUCGAAGAAGUAUGCAAUCAUGUUUUAUUUUAACCCUUUUUA